AUACAAUUCAUCACCACAACGUUAAUUUUAAGCCAAAAAAUCUAAAAAGUUAACGCGUACAAUGUCAAUCACCAAACGUAAACAUGACAUAUCUGUGUCAUGUGUGUACUUGAAGUUUAAGGUUAACUUGCACCAUGGGAGACUUAAUAAAACUAGAUAUUCUCGACAAUAUCUACACUGACAAGUGUAAUUUUAACCAAAAACUACUUCCGUUCGCAACAAGUGGGGUUAUUCUUGCAACAGUGAAAUCUGCGGUUAUUUUAAGCCAAGGUGAUGAUGUAAAAACCGUGUACGACUUAAGUUUGAGUCUUGAGGAAAAACAUGAGUAUUUGCCAGGUGACACCAUAGGAAUUAUUCCAAAAAAUGAUGCCAUUGAAGUGGAGCAACUGCUGUCUCGUUUAAAUGUACUUCAUGUAGCCGACUAUGAGUGUAACUUAUCCAUUUCCGAAAAGACUACAAAAAAAAAUCCUAGUCUCCCAAAACACAUUCCAACUGUUAGAAGUCUGCGAACAAUAUUUUUAAAUGACAUAGACUUAAGAAGCCCACCCAAGAAAUUAUUUUUAAAAGCUCUAUUAAAAUAUACAUCUAAUCCAGAUGAAAUUCAAAGGCUGGAACACUUAACUUCCACAGCAGGCUCAAAGGAUUACAUUAAUUUCAUAUCAACAGAAGGCAGAACUCUUUUAAAACUGUUGCAAGCAUUCCCUUCUUGUAAUCCACCAAUAGAAAUAAUUUUGGAACAUUCUGUUAUGUUACAAGCAAGGCCAUACUCAAUAUCAUCCUCACCUUUGGCAGAUGAUUAUCUCCAUGUAACGUUUUUUAUUGUAGAAAAUUCUGAUGGAUCUAAAGGUGUGUGUACAGGAUGGCUGGAAAAUCUCAUUAAUCAAGGUGGUUAUAGAAAACUACCCAUCUAUUUCAGAAAACCAACAGACUUUAGAAUCCAGGCAGAUCUAUCAGUACCAACAAUAAUGAUAGGGACAGGAACAGGUAUUUCACCAUUUAUUGGUUUUCUUCAACAUAUGGCAAUACAAAUGCACUCUCAGGGGAACACGUCAUAUCACAAUUGGCUGAUACAUGGAUGUCGUUAUGAAAAUAAGGAUGCAUUAUAUAAUUCUGAAAUUGCCAGGUUUCUGAAGAGUGGAAUACUCACAAAAUAUUCUCUUUGCACUUCAAGGGAUACACAUGAGAAAUGUUAUGUGCAAGACAGCAUACUAAAAUAUGGAGAUGAAUUUGUGAAAUAUGUAAUAAAAAUGGAUGCAGUUGUAUACAUCUGCGGAGAAUUUAAAACUGUAAUAAAAGAUGUUAAAAGUAAAAUUCUUGAAGUGCUAUGUUCACAUGGCAGUUUAUCCAAAGAUGAUGCUGAAAACUAUUAUAGUAGUCUAGAGAAAAAUAAGAGAAUUAUAAUUGAUUCUUGGAUAUAGUUGAAUCUAUUUAUAUUCAAUAAUGUAACAUUAAAUAAAUAUGUAUAAUUAUUAA